AUGUCUCGAUUAAUUGAACAAAUAAAAAUGUUAUACGAUCAACAAUUAUAUUCAAACGUCAUUUCUUUGACUGAUUUAGUUUUAUCACACAGCGAACACAAUUCAAAUUGUUUCACAGCCGAGGCAAAAUUUCAAGCGUAUGUCUAUUAUGCGGAUUCAUUAUUUUAUGAAAAACAAUACAGACGUGCUGAAGCAAUCUACAGGAAGGCGUUACAAUUUAAAAAGAGUAUAUUAAAAUAUAAAGGUGCAACGAAACCAGAAGGCAAUCAGAAAGAUUUUAUUUACGAUAUUGAUAUAAAAUAUAAUAUACAUGUGUGUCAUAUACAAAUGAAAGGAUGGGAAGAGGCAUUAUCGGUUUUGCAGAGUAUACCGGUUAAACAACGUACACCCAAAGUGAAUAUGGCAUUAGCGAAAUUAUGGCAACAAACUGGAUCCGAACGUAGUGCUAUUGUUGCUUAUAAAGAAGUCCUUCGGGAAUGCCCACUGGCAUUAGAAGCCGUUGAAGGUUUACUAAGUUUAAAUGAACGUGGUGUCGAAGUGAACACAUUAAUUUUAGAUGCUAUCACUAAAAUUGGUAACAUGGAUUGGCUAAUAUCAUGGAUUAAAGCUCAUUCUUAUAUAAAUAUUAAAGAAUAUUCAAAUGCUGUCUCAAUAUUUAAAACUUUGGAUCAACCAGGCAUGCUUAAUAAUAAUGUGAAAUUAAUUACGUUGAUUGGUGAAUGUUUAUAUAAAUCUGGUGAUUUACAGAAUUCUUUGACCUAUUUACAAAGGGCAUACUGUUUGGAUCGUAAUAUGCAACGUGGCUUAGAUUUAUUAGUUUCAAUAUUACAUAAAGAAAAUAAACAAAAGGAUAUCGAAAAAUAUAUAUCACCCAGUAUUGAACCAUCAGAAUAUUCAGCGGAAAAUUGGAUUGCAUUAGCAUAUCAUAUGCAUUCGCUGAAAAAAUGGACAAAAGCUGCAUAUUAUGCACAAAAAGCAUGUAAUUUUAGUCCUAGAAAUAUUGAAGCAUUAAUUUUAAAAGGUAUUAUAUUGUAUGAUUUAAAACGAUAUCAAGAGGCCAUUGUACAUUUUCGAGAAGCAAUGCAAAUUAGUUCGAGUUACGAUUCUCAUAAAGGUUUAGUUGAUUGUUUUGUUGCGACUCAUCGACUUCGAGAAGCUUUAUCAAUCGCACACAACGCAUGUGCAUUAGAUCCAAGUUCUCGAACGUACACACUUUAUGCAAUGGUGUUAGCAAAAGAUCCAUUACAAGUUUACAAAGCACGAACCUACUUAAAUAAAGCACUAGGUUUAGAUGAAAGUUAUUUACCAGCUGUUUAUUUGCUAUCGGAAUUAUAUGAACGUGAUUCGUUGCUGGAUCAAGCCAUUGAAAUACUGGAAAAACAAUUACGUUUACAAACCACUUGGAGGUUACAUCAGAUGCUGGGUGAUUUAUAUUUUCGUAAUAAUAACGUGGAUAAAGCAUUGGAUCAUUAUACGACAACACUUAAUUUAGAUCCAACAAAUCGACGUGCAAUCGAAGGAAUGCAUCGAAUUGAUCAUGCAUCAACCAAUUCCAAUAAAUUAGAUUCGGUUAGCGGUUAUUGUAUGUCUCCAUCUACGGGUGAUGUAUCUCGCGGUGCUCCAGGUGGUGAUGGUGGUACAUCAAACACAAGUGGUGGUGGCGUUGGUAUUAUGGAAGAGACUGUAGAAAUUGAUGCAACAUAUGAAAGUGUUGAUUCGAUGCGUGCAACGGCCAGUGAACGUGAUGAUAGUGAAACGGAAGCUGUAUGGUCUGAUAUGGAUUUAGAAGUUGGAGGAAGUCAAUAAUUUUAGUUAGUUUCAAUUUAAUUGUAUUUAUUGUUAAAAAUAAUUUUAUAUUAAUUUUUUUUUAUAUAUAAAUAUGUAAUAUUUAAAGCAUGUAAUAUACAGAGUGAGGCGUAAGUGAAUGUACAGUUGUAAUAGUUAAUUUAAUUUUUGAAAUUUUUAAAUACGAAUUUCUUGUAGAAAUUGAUUGACGAAGUUCUUAUUUACUCGACGCAAAGUAGUGUGUUUGUUUCUUUGCUGCACUCUACAGACCAAAUGGAUGGCCAAUUUUCAUGAAUCUUACGUUAAUCGAUUUUUCUUAAUCUUGCGAGUGUAAUUAAAGCCAUGGCAGUAAUGAAAAUGUAAUAUGGUGACGACUAGACGCUAUAUUGUGAAAAUGAAAGUCGACGAUUAUAUUAAGUGGGGUACCACUGAAUAGGUAUUAAAUAGAGAAAUUGUAAUAAAGAAAUAAAUGCCAAAUAGAACUGUAUAUCUACAUAUGCCCCAUUCUGUAUUAAAAAAAUUAUAAAUAUAUAUAAAAAAAUUAUUCUUAAUCAGUUUACAAACUUUAAAUUCAUUUGUGUUUAUUACUGAGCUAUCUCCAUACACACUCACCCCAUGUAACUAAAAGAAAACAUGGAUUGUUGAUUCAAGGGGUGUCGG